AGCAGUCGUGCUGUUCGUCCGGUAGUCGCCCAUGUGCUUGGGGAUUGCUAGUAAUCGCUGACGUACUGGGGAAGAAGACAGAAAAUUUCUGUGUCGUCGACUGAGCUCUUUAAAAGCGUAGCGUAACAUGAGGCCAGGGUUCAGUCCCCGAGGAGGUCGCGGCAGAGGAGGAUUCGGUGACCGUGGAGGGCGAGGAGGAUUUGGUGAUCGUGGAGGCCGUGGCGGAUUCAGAGGAAGAGGUGGAUUCAGAUCUCCAGAGGGAGGAGGAUUCAGGGGCCGUGGAGGAGGCAGAGGUACCCCAAGAGGAAGAGGCGGAAGGGGGGGUCGAGGAGGCUUUGGAGCUGGAAGAAAAGUUUUGGUGGAGCCACAUAGACAUGAAGGGGUGUUCAUCUGCAGGGGCAAGGAGGAUGCUCUGGUGACCAAGAACAUGGUGGUAGGAGAAUCUGUGUAUGGAGAGAAGAGGAUGAGUGUGGAGGAGGGAGAGACGAAGAUUGAAUACAGAGCAUGGAAUCCAUUCCGUUCCAAGCUGGCAGCAGCCAUCUUGGGAGGGGUUGACCAGAUCCAUAUAAAACCUGGAGCGAAAGUAAUGUACCUGGGGGCUGCCUCGGGUACAACAGUAUCUCAUGUCUCCGACAUUGUUGGGCCGGAGGGGCUGGUGUAUGCUGUAGAGUUUUCUCACAGAUCAGGUCGUGAUCUCCUCAAUGUGGCAAAGAAACGCACCAACAUCAUACCCAUCAUUGAAGAUGCUCGUCACCCACACAAGUACAGAAUGUUGGUUGGAAUGGUGGAUGUCAUUUUCGCUGAUGUUGCCCAGCCAGACCAGACUAGGAUUGUUGCCUUGAAUGCUCACAACUUCCUGAAGAAUGGAGGACACUUUGUCAUCUCCAUAAAGGCGAACUGUAUAGACUCGACUGCUGCACCAGAGGCUGUGUUUGCCUCAGAAGUAAAGAAGAUGACAGCAGAGAAUAUGAAACCACAGGAGCAGCUCACGCUGGAGCCCUAUGAAAGAGAUCAUGCUGUGGUAGUGGGCAUUUAUAGACCGCCACCAAAACAGAAGAAAUGAGAUGUUGACGGAACGCAGGAGCAGCUGUACCAUGUACAAUCUGUUUAUUUACACUUUUCUGUCAGUUUUUUUUUUUUUUAAUUAAACUUUUUAUUGAUUCCAGACGGAAAAGUAUUGUGAGUGUAUAUAUAUCUAUAUCCAUGGAGCACCAUCAACUCCCAGCAUCAAAACAAACAUAACAUCAAGCAAUCACCCCGAAAAAAAGGGUGCACGUCAGUUUUGGGUGUUGUCUCUUCAGCUCAUCACUGCACAACCACUCAACUUUCUAUCAAGACCUGUGCUACAAAACAUUUGGGGGCAGUACAGAUCGGUGGUCCACUCUUGUAAAAUUGUUCAUCUAAAUUGAACUGGUCAAUUUCUGCUGUUUGGUGUUGAACAACUGCAGUGAGUCUAGCUUUGUCUCAACACAUGAUUCUGAAGUUGAAGGUUUUUUGUGACUAGUAUUUUUUUUUGUAUCAUCUAUGUUUUCUGAAUAUACUUUUUAUUCUAUU